UACUCUGUGCCCAUCUCGGAGAGCAGAGCAGCUCGGUGUCCGCGGCGAGCGAGAGUGAUGGCGAACUCGCAGACGGCCAACGUCGCGGUGAGGCCUUGGGCGGCCUCCGCUGGAACUAGGAAAACCCGCAUGCACCGCCUCGUCGAGGAGGAGGGCUGCGUGCUCUUGCCCGGGAUCUUCGACGCGCUCUCCGCCUCGGUCCUACAGAGCGCCGGAUUCAAGGCCGGCUUCGUCUCCGGCUACGCCGUCUCCGCCUCCCGCCUCGGCAUGCCUGACAUCGGCCUCCUCACGCCGCCGGAGAUGGCGGAUGCUGCUCGAGCGAUUUGCGCGGCGGCUCCGAACGUUGUGUUCAUCGUCGAUGCUGAUACAGGAGGUGGUAACGCCCUCAACGUUCAGAGGACUGUUAAAGACAUAAUGGCAACUGGUGCUGGUGGAUUGUUCCUUGAGGAUCAAGUCUGGCCAAAGAAGUGCGGACACAUGCAAGGAAAACAGGUGAUACCAGCAGAGGAUCAUGCAGCCAAGAUAGCAGCUGCUCGAGAAGCGAUCGGCGAUGCGGAUUUCUUUCUUGUCGCUCGGACUGAUGCUCGUGCAACUGCCGGUGGUCUAAACGAAGCGAUCGCACGGGCUAACCUCUACAUGGAGGCAGGGGCGGAUGCUUGCUUCGUCGAGGCUCCACGGAGCGACGACGAGAUGAGGGAGGUGUGCAAGCGCACGAAUGGCUUCCGGGCGGCCAACAUGCUGGAAGGUGGGUUCACGCCGUUGCACACGCCGCAGGAGCUCAAGGAGAUGGGAUUCCACCUCGUCCUGCAUUCCACCACUGCUGUUUACGCCUCGGCUCGCGCCUUGAUCGACACGCUGAAAGUGCUGAAGGAGGAAGGGACGAGCAGAGACCACCUCCACAAGCUCACCACGUUCGAGGAGUUCAACAGUUUGAUCGGACUGAAGGAGUACAACGAGACGGGCGCUCGAUUUGAGAAAUUCAAAGUGCCCUCCAACUGAUCGAUGCAUGAGAAUAGAGCAAGCAAUUCGUGAGUGAUGUUUACGGAGCUGAGUUGUUGUUUGGUAGAUGGAUUCGGUGUCGUGUUUGCGAGUGCGUUGUGUGGGCUGCCGCUGUUUGAAUAAAUUCUUUGCUGUUUGAAUAAAUUGAAUGGCAAAUUUGUUGGA